AGAAUUCCUCGCACAAAGUGGCGGAUGUUUGGAAAGUGAUCGGUGUGACCGCCGUUCUGGGUAAUUGCACUACCGCCCGCCUCUCAUGCAGUUCCUCCAAUUCUCAGUCGCACCCGCCGAGCAGACUUUCAAGAUGCACGCGACCUGCGCUUGCAGCUGUAGCCCGUGGUGCUGAGGUCCUCACGGUGGGCGACGACGACGACGACGAACCAACGAGGCGCACGCGAGGUGGGCUGCUUAUGGAAUGGCGCAACAGCGGGCGUCUGUUGUGCAGCCGCCCAUCAGCUGGGCAUUCGGCAAGUGUUGCAUGCCCGCCUACUACUGUGCGUCUCGCCGCUCGCUGCACACAGCCGUACAGUACAGCCGCACGGACCGCCAGCUCAAACCCAGCCGCCGUCACAAAGAAGCAGGUCUCGCCCGCGGGCGUGGCUGCAGAUCACCAAUGCUAUCGGGACGUGAUGGCGCGAGAAGCUGUGCACGCGUGCUCCUUAGCGUGAUGUCGGCUGGGGGACCGGCCCUCGUCCUCUCCACAGAUUUGCCGUAUGAAACGUUGUCCCUCCAGUCUAGCCUCACCCACACCCAUUCCUCUCUGAAGCGUGCUCCCGCUAUCUGCGGAGGUCCGAGGAUGACUGUUUCUUCCCAUGCUUUUUACGUGCAGAAGUCCUCAGCUUCUCGCAUCCAUACGAAUCCUUACACCCACGCCUUCACAGACCGCUCGCCUGAGCUCGACACUUCCGGCAUUAAAUGCGAUUCACUCCCUUCAGAUGCAUCGUGCCCUCCGCACUUUGACAGCUCUUUGAUGGAUGGGAUUCGGCUCCGAUGCCAUCUCUUCGCUGCUUUAUGCAGUGCGACCCUUCUCAAAUCAGUGUUGGGCUAUCGUGAAUCCGGCCUCGCUGCGCCCAUCAUCGGCACUAGUCUUCCCCAGCCAACCUCUGGUGUUUACUCUCCCAUGUAUCCAAGCAACAUCGAGGGAAUUACCGAUCGCACCGUUACUAUACAACACGGCGACUGAGACUCUACGCGAUAUUCCUGCCAACAAAUGUCUCUUUCUAAUACGGCACCUCAUCAAACAGCUUUGAUAUGCUCUCUCCAUAGUGGCUUCUCCGAAUGACCUCGGCAAGUACGGUUCCGAUGUCAAUCACCUCGAUUUUACUGCACUUAGCCAAGUUUUCUUGCUGCGGCAGCGUGUUGGUAACGAUCAGUUUCUCCAGAACGCUCUCCUCGACAGUCUUUAAGGCGUUGCC